AUGCCUACCAUUCUGGCCAUCGUCGUGAUAUCGUACAUUGUGUACACCGUUUGCGCGGCCAUCUGGAACAUCUAUUUCCAUCCGCUCCGUCGGAUUCCCGGCCCAAAGCUAUGGCUAGCCUUUCCCAUCUUACGCUACAUCUCAUUCAUGAGAGGAGUAUUGGAUAGGGACAUGCGAACAUACCACAAUCAUUACGGCGGAGCCGUUCGCUUCAGCCCAAAUGAGGUCUCGUUCAUCACCACGCAGGCGUGGAAAGACAUUUACGGCCACGGGCAUCGGCAGUUGCCCAAGGUGCCAGGGUCAAUGAACAAUCCCAUGGAUAUUAUCAGUGCAAACGACUCCGACCAUACUCGAUUUCGCAAGGCUAUAUCCCAUGCGUUCUCUGCUAAGGGUCUUCAAGCCCAGGAACCUUUCAUCAUGGAGUAUGUCGACAAGCUUAUCAACAAGCUGGACAGUAUGGCCAAGUCACAAGUAGCCGUGGAUAUGGCGAAGUGGUACAAUCUCACAACAUUCGACCUGAUUGGAGACCUCGCUUUUGGAGAAUCAUUUGGUGGACUGGACUCGACGGAGUACCAUUACUGGGUGUCAACUAUCUUCGAGUUCAUCAAGGCCAUAGCAUUUGCCAGGUUCAAAGAUAAUUAUCCAAUGAUGUUCCAAGUCCUAGAGCGCUUCCUACCAAAACACCUGUUGGAGGCAAAAAGAAGACAGGACGAAUAUAGCUGGAAUACAGUACAGAAGCGGUUGCAUCAUCAGAGAGAUCGUGGUCAAGCAGACUUCAUGCAGUCCAUGCUUCGUCACCGCGGAGAAAAGGACGGGUUGACGGAUGAGGAGCUCGCAGCCAAUGCAAGUAUCCUUGUCAUUGCUGGCAGUGAAACCACAGCAACGCUGCUAUCUGGGCUGACGUAUUGGUUGCUCCAACACCCUAAGGAAAUGGAAAAAGUGAAAUUCGAAGUGCGAUCUGUCAUGAAGACCGAGGAAGAUAUCGAUGUCAAUAACGCCACAGCUAAACUUCCCUACAUGCUGGCAUGUAUUGAUGAGGCCUUUCGUAUGUACCCCCCUGUCUCGGGCGGCUUACAGCGAUACGUACCAGACACGCCUACUGAAAUCUCGGGAUAUCUGCUCCCCCCUAAGACAAACGUAUCUGUUCACCAGUCUGCUGCAUACCGGUCUCCUCUCAACUUCUAUAGACCCGAAGAAUUUAUUCCAGAACGAUGGUUGCCUCAAUCAAAGAACGACCCCUCAUCGCCGUUCUACCGUGAUAAUCGGGAUGUUCUGCAACCCUUCUCAGUUGGUCCACGGAACUGUAUAGGCCGGAACUUGGCCUAUGCAGAAAUGCGUGUCAUCCUUGCCAGAGUCCUGUGGAACUUCGAUAUCGAAUUGUGUGAAGAGAGUCGGGACUGGCAUAAUCAGAAAUCGUAUAACCUGUGGGCGAAACCCCCGCUCAUGUGCAGGCUUAAGGCUCGCGUUCAUUGA